UAGGUUAUUGCUACCUUAUGCUCUAGGUACAUCUAUCUAUUCCUUCUAGAGCUCCUUGCCGAGUCUGUCGUGAUCAUACUUGCCUUCUUUUUAAUACCUCAUCGAAACUUGAUUCUAUUCCGUUCAAUUGAAUCUGCCUGCAACGCAAUACGAUAAUUCAAACAUCAGAUACCCUCCUCCUCUACUCCUUACCACAGACUCAAACCAAAUACGCAACAAUGGCAUCUCGCAUCGCUCUAUCAGCUCGCCCUCUUGCCCGUGGCGCUUUUGUCGUCGGAAGGCAGACUGCUUUUCUCGGUCGGGGUAUCUCUACGACGAGGACACAGGGCCUGAAGGAGUCUUCUGGACACACCGACGGCGAGACGCACGAGAAGCACAAGCAAGAUUCUCUCUCCAAGCAGAAGCAGGGCAAGGGCCACUGGAAGCCUGAGCUCGCUUCUGACAGCGAGGAGGCUAUCAAGGCGGAUCGUGACGAGAGCAUUGACCCCAAGAAGUUGCAGGAGAAGACGGCUGGCAAGGGAUCAUGAGGAUGAUCGUCACCUCUGUGUUGCGUCACUUUGCCUCCCCCCUACGCCGGGGGAUGUAGGAGGUCGAUGUGGGAACGAAGCAGAACACAGCAUGCCUUAGAGGUUUAUGAGCAGACACAUACACAAACAGACAAUGGGUCUGCGGGAGUCGUUCCGGGUCUUAACGAACCAGGGCUGGCUUUUGAUGGAAAUGCAUGUGGGAGAAGACUUGAGGGAGCCUACAAUGUAAUCGUACUAGCAUCAUGUCCGGACACUAAUUGAUUCUUGUCCACGUCUACUUCUGAAGAAUCUGUCAGUCGUGUUUCGAAAGUGAUCCGAGGCAAUCGAGCAAGAUCAUAUCUUCGCCUUGAAAAGCAGUGUCAUUCAAGACAACACAGCUUUCUAGAUGAAUGCUC